AUGUUAGUAGUUGAUGCGUUCACUAAGUACUGCAUACUUACGCCCAUCCAGCGCCAAGAUUUUAGUGAACUACAACGAGUUUGUAAAAAUGUUAUAUCGUUGUUUGGCACUCCGCGCUUGAUAGUGUGUGAUAGAGGUCGUAUGCUGGAGUGUGCUGCCUUCAAGUCGUGGAUGCAAGUUUUGGGUGUAGAACUCCAUUAUAUAACCCCCGAAAUGCAUCAAGCUAACGGGCAGGUAGAACGAUACGUGCGGACCGUGUUAAACAUGCUCAGGAUUGAGGUCACUUAUAAAAAGCGUCAAUGGGCUGAUGAGCUGUGGCAGCUUCAGUUAAUCCUUAAUCUGACUAUGCAGAAAACGACACAAUCUUCUGCCUUAAAUCUGUUAGUGGGACAUGAGAGUGCCACGCCAGCGAUUAGAGCCCUGGUACGAGAUGUCGCGCAAGCACCAUCGGCCGUCAACCGCGAGUCAAGAAGAGAGAUGGCAAGACAGAGGACGGCCGAGCAGUUGUCCAAUAACCAGAGGACCAUGGAUGCUCGCGUUAAUCGCGAACGUCGUCCACCCCGUAUGUUUCAGGAAGGCGACCACGUCUUCGUUAUUAAGUUCGCCCAGUCUACGGGGAAGCUGGACCACGGCAUGCGUGGCCCUUAUCGGGUGCUGCGAGUCCUGCCUAACGACCGCUAUGAGUUAAAGCUCCUGGCUGGAUCCUAUGGAAAGUCCACGUACGCAGCUGCCCAGUACAUGGUCCCUUGGAGAGGGGAAUGGACUCCCGAAUCUUGCUCUGCCUUCUUCGAGGGAAAUGACGACAACGACCCGGACCAAAGUCAGCCGGGACUUUACUUGGAGUCUGACCAGUCUGAGCAAGCUGCGGUGGACGACCCUGAAUUGGACCCGUCAGUGAGGCUAGAUGCCACGGAGCCUGGGUCAUCAACGCAACAUGAAGAGCCGCGACCGGGCCCUUCGCGGGGCUUAGACAUGCCUAUACUCGAUUAA